AUGAACCGCAAACCACCCGGCCCUUCGGGGCCACCACCGCCUGGCCAUCUCACCGAUCUCACCGAUCACACCAAUCACACCGAUCACACAGACCACACUGACCACAGCGACACCGAUACCGACAGCCACGAUAGCCACGAUAGCCACGAAACCCGCGAAACUCAUGAUGUAUCACGCCACCCUCCUCCUUCUUCUCCUCAGGCACCGAAACCUGCCGCAAACCAAGGACGUUCGCGUGCAACAGCAGCCGCACCAAAGCCGCCGCCAAUGCCACCGGCUGCGGCUCCUCCCCCGGCAGAUGCACCGACUCCCUCAAGUCCACCACUGCCCGAAGGUGCAGGCGCAGAUUCUGGGCGGAUGCCGCCGCCACCCAUUGGCCGCCGGGCCAAGAAGUUGAACAUCAACCGGAACAGACCCACCGAGCCCAGCGCGCCGCCAAGCAACGCCCCUACCAACAACAGCACUGCUGCACCGCCCCCUUCACCCUCUCCCGUAUCGUCACCUCCCUCUCGCUCGCCGUCUCGUUCUCCACAUGGUUCUCCUCCACGCAAUCCACGGCGCCGGCGCGGCAACACGCCUCCUCGGUCGUCCGAGUCGCCCUUGCUCGGCGAGAACGGUGCGGUCGUCCACUACAAUAGCGGUCGCCGCCGGCCAGACGCAGACCAUGAGGGCGACGAUGAAGAGGAUGUGUAUGAGGGCCGCGACCGCCGUGACCAUCGCAGUCGGCGUGACGACCGGGGCCGGCACGACAACAACCGGCGACAUCACCGCGACCACGACGACCACGGCGACCACGGCGACCACCCCGAUGUCAUGGACGCUGCUGGGAGCGCCAUUAUGUCGUCGCCCUGGAAGACGUCGCUCCUGUUUCUGGCCGCAGUGGCCGCCGCGACCUUUUGUGUAGACCGCAUGUGGCCCAAGGGCGUCACCUACGGCGAGAAGGAGGCCUGGGAGAUCCGCGAAGAGGAGUACGGUCGGCACCACGGCCACACGCCACACCCGCACUCGCACCCGCGUGAUGCAGACGGUGCACGAGGCUCGCCGCGCAACUCGCGUCCGCGUGUCGAACGGAUCAGCGACCGGUCCGUGGACGACCGGCGGAUGGACGACCGACGCUACAGUGACCGCCAAGCGCCCCGCCAGCGCAUGGGUGAGCGGCCAUACGAACGGGAAUACGAACGGGACCGCGAAGGCAGACGGACGCGGGAUAUGAUGGAUGGACCUCCGGAGCCACGCGGUAGCCGCCGCAGGGUCGGCGACAUGGAGACCGAGAGACCCCCGAUGGACGAGAAAUACGACCCCGAGUACACCGACCGGCGCCGAAGCAUGCGCAGUGUGCGCGGUUCACCAGGUGAGGCAGGACCCGAAGGCGUACCUGUACCUUCUGUGCCUCGUAUGGCCCGUGGUGUUACGUUCCAAGAAGACGCCGUCGACCCGCGACAUUCACGAGGUUCGCGGGACCAUCGGAACACGCGCGACCUGCGCGACUCGCGCGACAUCCGCUACGACCCCAGCGACGCCAAUGGCCCCAACGACGCCGACGACAACUUCCGCUACCUGCGCGAGCGCCGUGCACGCAACAAUGGCAAGCUUUAUCCAAACCGGCGGGCUACAUGGGACGCUUCGACUGCGGGUGCGACUGCGGCAGCGAUGCUGGCCACAGGUGCCGCAGUGGCCAUGGCCGCCGACGAAGACGGUCCGUUGCGCCGGAGGCGGCCCAACGGAGCUGGCGGCAGCAUGCGUGAGCGGGACAGGCCCGGCGGCCUACGAGACCCGCGAGACCCACGGGACUUGCGUGAUUCUCGUGAUGCUCGUGAUGCUCGCGACGGCCGGGAUGCGCGUGAGAUGCGCGACUCUGGUGACGUCCGUGACCCCAAUCCUCGGCGAUCGUCUCUCUACGCUCACGGCAGCGGAAAUGUCAUGCUCAACCACUCCGACGUCACUGGUGACCGAGGCAGUUUUCCACGGGACGGGCCGCGUCAAGAACAAAUGUCCUCACGACGGCGGUCAUAUCGCGAACCGGAGCAAGACCGUGAACCAGAUCGCCGGUACGCUCGCCAGACGCGUCAAAGCGGAGCAGAUCAAGAGUUUGAUGCUGGGAACGCCCGUGGCCAUUAUCGUCGGUCGGAUGGCGCCUCGGCCGCCGCUGUUGCUGCGACCGCCGCCUUGGCUGCCGGCGCAGGUGUUGCAGCCAUGUCCACAGGCCGUCGUGACCGCCGUGGCGACGACUACAAUGGCAGGGUUUCGCCCCCUGCGCGCCUGAACCGCUACUCGACUGUCCACACGGUCGAUGGACCCCUCCGCCAACCGGAGCCCAUUGCAUAUGAGGACGACGACGGUGUCCGCGAGAGAGGAGGACGAGGUAGUGCGCGUGGAGGUGGCUAUGGCUUACCGCCAGAGUACCGUGAAUCGGAUUCGGAGGCGCCUGUAUAUGACCGCGUUCACAGCCGUGUGCCAAGCCGCAGUGGCGGCCGGACACCAGAGAGUGACAACCGUGGUGGCGCUGACGAUCUGGUUGAUUCUUCUGAGGACGAACCCCCACGUCCUGCUGCAAGACGGACGCAGACGGGCCGGUUGUCACCGCAACCUCCGCAACCUCCACCACCUUUGUUGACUCGCACGUCACCGCCCAUGGAGGGCCGGGCUCCAACACCUGUUAUCCUGAGUUCGUCCGAUGAGGAGGGCGGUCGACGACGACAGCGCAUACGCCCGCAACAGCCACCGCCGCCACGCGAGACAUCUCCACGACGCCAGCCGCGCACAUUCCCUGUGGUGUCCGACUCGGGCGUCGCCGACAGCCUGGUCGAUAGUCUUGCGGACAGCCUGGCCGACUCGGACUCGGACGCGGCCCCGACAAAGCCGCCGCCCCGCCGUGAACGCGCGCAGCAGCGGUCAGACGAGAGCCUGCAUGUCUACCCCAAGACGCCGGCGCGGCCCUCGGCUAUGGCACCCGGUGUGGCGUACGAAACCGAGUAUAUGACCGGCGCAGCAGGACCGCCACGCCAACGCCGUAGCGACGUGAGCAUGAGCGGCAGCAGCGGCAUCGUGUCGUCUCCGCCCACGACGCGGCAGGGCCAGAGGCCGGUUGACGAGAACGGUGUCAGUGAAGAUGACGGCGACAGCGACGCCACUGUGGAGGACGGCCAUGGCCGGCGUGGGAAUGACGGCAAUCGUGGUGGCAGUAAGCGCGGCGCAGUUGGUGCUGCCGGGGCCGCCGCGGGUGCCACCGCCCUGUCCCUUGUCUUGCAUCCCACCGAGCGGCCGAAGCGGGAAUACUACACGGGCAUCGACUAUUCCGAGGACGACGCUCGCAGCUUUGGGAGCCGUGGGAGCCGUGGGAGCCGCGGGAGCCGUGGGAGUCGUGAGAGCCUUGGCAGCCGCAGUGGUCGCUCGUCGCCCUACACGAUGCCCUCCCCACCCCCGGCUGGAGGAGGAGGUGGAGGAGGAGGCGGCGGUAGACGCCGCCCAGCCGGUGGCUACCCCGACGACAGCGACCAUUCCCCGAGCCCCCCUUCACGCCGCGCACGGGCUGCUGCUGCUGGUGCAUCCUUUUUGUCCGAGGACUUUUCCGCUCGCCCGUCCGACAACUCGUCCCUGCGUGACCGCUACCGAAAUGAGGAGGGCGGUGUCGGCAGCAUUGGUGGUAGCGGCCUGCGCAGUCGCCGUUUCCGCAGCCGGGGUAGUCUUCGGAGUAGUCAGAGUAGUGGUGGUAGCAAUGACAGGAGUGGCAGCGGCAGCGGUAGCGAUAGCGGUAGCGGUAGCAGUCGAAGCCUCGGUCCAAGGGACGGUCGGCGCAGUGCAUACGUGCCGAGUCCGCCGCUUGCUGAUCGCGCCACCCGCAGCGUACCGCCAUCGUCCAGCAACACGACACCCAUGAGCGAGGGAGAGCUCUCCGACAGCGAGCUCGGCACCCGCGCCCGUCGCUAUGGCCGCCGUGAGGGCGGUGCGAGCAACGGACGCGACUACCUCUCGUACAAGGGCUACCGCAGCCACAAGAGCUACGACGAGGACGAGGACGAGGACGAGGACGAGGACGAGGACGGCGCCAGCGACAGCGAUGGCGGUCGCGAGCGGGACGAAUACAGCGACGAUGGGAGCCGCUCGCGAGGGACGCACAGCCUGCGCAGCUACGGGUACGAACACGACGACCGCGGUGGCAGCGACAGUGGCAGCGACCGAGACAGCGACGGUGAUACCGUACGCUACAGCACAGCCUCCGGCCCUGUUCGGCCGACCCAUCUGGGCGCCCAGGCCACGGAAGAAGCGCGCAUUCGGGCCCGACAGGACGAGAUUGACCGCGACCGUCUCCAGGCCCUGCGCGAGAAGGAGGAGCGGCAGCGCGAAUGGGACGACCUGCGCAUGCACGACAAAGCCACCAUCCAGGCGCGCAUGGACACUCGGGCGGCCGGUGGCUCCGGUGGGAGCGGCACCUACGGAACCUAUGGCACCUAUGGCACCUAUGGCACGUACAGCGGCAGCAGCAGUUCGCAGCCCCGAGCCAGCGGCGGCACGACCGGCACGACCUCGGACCCGACUGACCCCCGCACGAAGCUGAUGCGCGAGCUGGACGAACAGGAGCGGCUGGCCCGGGAAAAGCAGCAGGACGCCCUGGAGCGCGCAGCGGCCGCCAAGGUGCGCGAGCAGCACCUGCGCGAGGUGGACUUGCUCGAGCGGAAGCGCGAGGCGCGCGAGCGGCAGAGGCGGGACCGUGCGUACGAUGCUGUGAAGCGGUCGUCGGGUGUUUAG